AUGUUCGGUCUCGAGGUGAUAACGAUUGCAGCCUUAUCUGGCGUUGCUCUGGCUGCUCCCCAGAAUGUCCAGUAUCACGAGACUACUGACCAUUCGUGGAAAAGUCGAAUCAAGAAUGUUGUCGUUCUCGUCGAAGAGAAUAGAUCGUUUGAUACCUUCGCCGGUGGGCUUAGCUACAACUCAGCUAUUGAUGGAUUAUUGCACCACAAUUAUUGCAAUUCUAUGAAUGCGUCAAAUCCUGGGCAAAAGGCCGAUGUGUGUGCUGGGCCUCGUGCCAAUGAUGUUGCAGCAGACGAUCCAAACCACAGUAUAAGUGGUGUUAACAUGCAACUGUUCACAACAUAUCAUCCAUCUGCAUCACAAUCCGAAAGCAUGCGUGGUUUUGUGACAGAACAAUCCAUCACCUACAGCACCUUGAACAAGACCCGUGCCGCCGAAGCCAUCAACUACUACACCCCUGAUCAAGUCAAGGUCUUCAACACAAUGGCCGAAAACUUCGUUCUUUUCGACCGCUGGUUCGCUGCUGUCCCGGGCCCUACCAAUCCCAAUCGUGCCUACAUCACGAGUGGAACAUCGCAUGGACACGGCAAAAAUGACAACGCUUUUAACGUUUACGGUAUGCCAGUAAAAUCCAUCUUCGAACAACUUUCCGAGAACGACAUCACCUGGAUGAACUACCAGAACUCCACCCUCGGUCCUGGUCUCGGUUUUAACCCAGAUGCUGCAUUCUACAACUGGACCCUUAGCUCUGGAGCAUAUAAAACUAAUAUUGCCCCUUUGACAAAAUUCUACGAGGACGCGGCUGCAGGCACACUGCCCCAAUUCACCUAUAUCAACCCAGAGUGCUGCUCUUAUCAGUCAUACCACCCCCCAUCACCUAUCAGCUCCGGCGAAAGCUUCAUCAAAGGAAUUUAUGAAGCUAUCCGAUCGUCCCCACAAUGGAACGAAACCCUCUUUAUCCUCACGUUUGACGAGCACGGCGGUUUCGGUGACCAUGUUCCUCCCCCCACGAACGUACCGGCUGGAGAUGAUCUCACAUAUACUGAAAAAGCACCUGAUGGAAAGAACAUGACAUUUGAUUUCAAACGAUUGGGUGUACGCGUUCCGACGCUUUUAAUCAGUCCGUGGGUUGGCAAGGGAGUGGUGGAGAAGAAGGGAAGGAACAAGGGAGGCGAGUACACGCAUACGAGUAUUAUUGGGUUCUUGGAUGAGCUUUGGGGAUUGGAUCCAUUGACUCCAAGAGUUAGCUGGAGUAGUACCUUUGAGGGGUUGAUUACAAAUAAGUUGAGGACGGAUACACCAGUCACUUUACCGGAUCCUUUGGCUUAG